CGCGGCUGCGGGCUGCGGCGGAGGCGGUGAGGUGCGGGCGGUGAGGACGGCCUGCGCCGCUAAAGUAGCAUUCCCUCCCUCCCUCCCUGAACGCUCGUGCUCGGGGCGAGGGAAAGUUCAGUGGUGUAGAACACAGUGAAAUCGUGUAGAACCGCAGAGGUGUCCGGAUUUGGCGGGGGUGUGGUGUCUUUAAGCGUCUCGUCUGCAGGUCUCCGAGAGGUGUCCCUGAGGUUGGGCCGCUAGGCUGAUCCGUCGUGGUGCUUGGUUGGAUUUCUCUCACUUGGUGGCUGCUUGUGUCUGCCAAGCUGUCCUUGGGCCGGUGGGAGGAGUCUCCGAGCUCUCUUUCCCUUCUGCUUUGAUCCCUUGUCCCUCUGCGACGGGUUCCCGGCACCGAAAGUCACCAGCCUAGUUCAGUUCCCUGUGGUCUCAAAACAAAAUUGUUGCAACAGGCUCCUGACAGCCUUGAGUUCAUCUUCUUGGUGUACUGUUUUCCUAUUGUGAUUGUAUCAUGGAAAACCAAUUGACUGAAUCAACAGAAGAACGAACAUUUCAGUACCAGGAUUCUCUUCCAUCACUGCCUGUCCCUUCACUUGAAGAAUCAUUAAAAAAAUACCUUGAAUCAGUAAGGCCAUUUGCAAAUGAAGAAGAAUACAAGAAAACUGAUGAAAUAGUUCAAAAAUUUCAAAAUGGAAUUGGAGAAAAAUUGCACCAGAAAUUGCUUGAAAGGGCAAAAGGAAAGAGAAAUUGGCUGGAAGAGUGGUGGCUGAAUGUUGCCUAUCUGGAUGUUCGUGUACCAUCACAACUGAACGUCAACUUUGCGGGUCCUGCAGCUCAUUUUGAACACUACUGGCCUCCAAAGGAAGGCACUCAAUUAGAAAGAGGAAGUAUAAUUCUUUGGCAUAACUUGAACUACUGGCAGCUAUUAAGAAAAGAAAAAGUGCCUGUUCAUAAAGUUGGAAAUACUCCUCUAGAUAUGAAUCAAUUCCGAAUGCUGUUUUCUACUUGCAAGGUUCCAGGAAUUACUAGAGACUCAAUUAGGAGUUAUUUUAGGACUGAGAGAGAAGGGCGUUGCCCAAAUCACAUUGCAGUACUGUGUCGAGGCCGAGUUUUUGUCUUUGAUGUAAUACAUGAAGGAUGUUUGAUGACCCCACCAGAACUUCUCAGACAGUUGACGUACAUCCACAAGAAGUGCCACAGUGAACCUGCUGGACCUGGGAUAGCAGCAUUAACUAGCGAGGAGCGAACUCAGUGGGCUAAGGCACGAGAGCAUCUGAUUGGUCUUGAUCCAGAGAACUUCAUUUCACUGGAAAAAAUUCAGAGCAGCUUACUGGUAUAUUCCAUAGAGGAUGGCAGUCCACAUGUAACACCAGAAGAUUAUUCUCAGAUAACUGCAAUGGCCCUUAUUGGAGAUACAACAGUACGCUGGGGUGACAAAUCCUAUAACUUGAUUUCAUUUUCUAAUGGAGUAUUUGGUAGCUGUUGUGAUCAUGCUCCUUUUGAUGCAAUGGUUUUGGUGAAUGUCAGCUAUUAUGUGGAGGAGAACAUUUUGGAGAAUGAAGGAAGAUGGAAGGUAGAACAAAUACUUCAUCUUUUUUCCCCUAAGAUUUUUAUAGAUAAAAUAUUUUUAAGUCUUUCCUGUUUUCAGGGUUCAGAUAAAGUACGGGACAUACCACUUCCAGAGGAGCUUGUUUUCACUGUAGAUGAGAAAGUAUUAAAUGACAUCAACCAAGCUAAAGCCCGGUAUCUCAAAGAGGCAUCUGAUGUACAAAUUGUGGCAUAUCCUUUUACAUCUUUUGGCAAAAAGCUUACCAAGAAGCAGCAGCUUCACCCUGAUACGUUUAUUCAACUUGCACUUCAGCUGGCCUAUUACAGACUUCAUGGACGCCCUGGUUGUUGCUAUGAAACAGCUAUGACAAGGUAUUUUUAUCAUGGCCGUACAGAGACCAUGCGAUCAUGCACACUAGAAGCAGUCAGGUGGUGUCAGUCCAUGCAGGAUCCUUCUACUAGCCUUCGUGAACGGCGGCAAAAGAUGUUACAAGCUUUUACAAAGCAUAAUAAAUUGAUGACAGAUUGUUCAGCUGGAAAAGGAUUUGACCGUCACCUUUUAGGUCUCUUACUCAUAGCAAAAGAGGAAGGUCUCCCUGUUCCAGAACUCUUUACAGACCCGCUUUUUUCCAAAAGUGGAGGAGGUGGAAAUUUUGUUCUCUCAACAAGUCUGGUUGGUUAUUUACGAGUCCAAGGAGUGGUGGUUCCCAUGGUACACAAUGGAUAUGGAUUUUUCUACCACAUCAGAGAUGACAGGUUUGUUGUGGCCUGUUCAGCCUGGAAAUCAUGUCCGGAGACUGAUGCAGAAAAGCUAGUUCAGCUGACUUUUCGUGCUUUCCAUGAUAUGAUACAGCUGACAAACUCUGCUUAUCUUUAGAGACUAAUCAUUUAUUAAUCACUUACCAAAAUAUAUCAUUAAACUGGGUGCUGGGAGUGGGUUGGUGAUAUGAGAUGGGAAGGAAUGUUGACUUGUAAACAUCAUUUUAACAAGUUAAAGGAAACUUGUUAAGUAUAGGAAUUAGUGGAAUCAUGCGCUCUAAAUUGAUUCUGCCAUAGAAUGUAGAAAAAUUUUUAAGCUUCCUCUGAUGCAGCAUCAAUGCAAAUUAAGAUAUAUUGAAUAUAGAACUAUGCACUGUUUAAGCCUCAACAAUGCAAACCAACAAAUUUUAAUAAUGCAAGUCUUACUCUAAUUUUUAAGUAUUUUGUUGGUACUUGUAUAGGUUAUAAAUCCUCUCUGAACAUCAUUGUAGAGUUCAUAUUUGAGCACUUUAACGUUUUCUAGUUGCCAAAGGGUAUGAAAUACAUGAUUGGAUACUAAUUUCCCUGAAAUCAAUGCCUUCUACAUUUACCACAGGGAUAUAAGCCUAUUAUGUUUGAUGGGAAAGACCACUACAAUUUAAUGGUGAUCUAAAAUAAUACUCUUGGACAGAAGAAUUAGGUUGUAGGGAGAUUGACACCCUCUAAUGAAUACAAAAACAACUCUAACAACCCAUUAUAGUAUACUAUUGCAAUUAGUUUUGUGAAUAUAAAAGCACUUAUAUUUAAAAUUAUUAUAGUAAUUUUUUAAAGAGUUAAUGUUGAAUCAGAUUCUCAGGAUUUUAGAGUUUUUUCUUCUUGCUGUUCAAUUUUGUAGUUUCUACUCAGAAAAUAAAAUGCC